ACUGGAAACCUAAUUUUUCACUUUUAUCUGACACUAGCUGCCAACAAACAUAAGCUGCUGCAUUUUCAUCAUCCAUGGCGGCGACUACUCACAGCCUUCUCUCCCACUCCCCAUCUCUUCCCAAAACCCUAAACCAUCCUUUGAAACAAAACCCAUUUACCCAACUCCCCGUUUUACCCCUCAAACCAUCCAAAAAUCUCUUCAAACGCCAUUCUCUCUCCCUCAAAGCUGUCCUCUCUCAAAACGCUGCUAGAACCCAGAGCCCCACUUUUGAACACUGCUUCACAAAAUCCGCAGAUGGGUUUCUCUACUGUGAGGAUAUCAAGGUCGAGGACAUCAUGGGAAAAGUGGAAAAGAGGCCUUUUUAUUUGUACAGUAAGCCCCAGAUUACUAGGAAUGUGGAAGCUUAUAAGGAAGCUCUUGAAGGCUUGAAGAAUCCCAUCAUUGGGUAUGCUAUUAAGGCCAAUAAUAACUUGAAGAUUUUGCAGCAUUUGAGGAAGUUGGGUUGUGGUGCUGUGCUUGUUAGUGGCAAUGAACUCAAGUUGGCUCUUCAUGCCGGCUUCGAUCCAACUAAGUGUAUAUUUAAUGGAAAUGGGAAGCUCUUGGAGGAUUUGGUACUAGCUGCCCAAGAAGGUGUUUUUGUGAAUGUGGAUAGUGAAUUUGAUCUGGAGAAUAUUGUUGCAGCUGCAAAAUUUGCUGGCAGAAAGGUUAAUGUUUUGCUUCGGAUCAACCCGGAUGUGGAUCCUCAGGUUCAUCCAUAUGUUGCUACUGGGAACAAGAACUCUAAAUUUGGUAUUAGGAAUGAGAAGCUGCAGUGGUUUCUGGAUGCUGUAAAGGCACACCCUAAUGAGCUGAAGCUUGUCGGAGCCCAUUGUCAUCUUGGUUCGACAAUUACCAAGGUGGAUAUAUUCAGGGAUGCUGCAGUUCUUAUGGUCAACUACAUUGACAAAAUCCGCUCCCAAGGUUUUGAAGUUGAUUAUCUGAACAUUGGAGGCGGGUUGGGGAUAGAUUACUACCAUAGUGGUGCCGUCCUUCCCAAACCUAGAGAUCUCAUUGACACUGUCAGAGAAUUGGUCAUUUCAAGAAAUCUUAAUCUAGUCAUUGAACCAGGGAGAUCGCUCAUUGCAAAUACUUGCUGCUUGGUAAAUCGUGUUACUGGAGUCAAAACUAAUGGAACAAAAAAUUUCAUCGUUAUUGAUGGCAGUAUGGCUGAACUUAUCCGUCCGAGUCUUUAUGAUGCUUACCAACAUAUAGAACUGGUUUCUCCUACACCUCCCGACACGGAGGUUUCCACAUUUGAUGUUGUUGGCCCUGUUUGCGAGUCCGCAGAUUUCUUGGGAAAAGAGAGACAACUUCCGACCCCAGCUAAGGGGACUGGCCUGGUCGUCCACGAUGCAGGUGCAUACUGCAUGAGCAUGGCAUCAACGUACAAUCUGAAGAUGCGCCCUCCCGAGUACUGGGUCGAAGAAGAUGGCUCGGUGACCAAAAUCCGACAUGGUGAGACAUUUGAAGACCAUGUGCGGUUUUUUGAGGGUUUGUAAUUUGACUAAAACAAGUAAGAUGGAGACCUGAAAUUGGAUGUUUUGCAAAAUUCAUGGACAUUAUGUACUUCCAGUUUUCAUUUAAUAA